AUGGCACAAAUCAUCGACGACAAAUCUCAAUAUUGUAUUCCUUUCUUGCUGGAAAGACUGGAGCUCUAUCAUGACCAACAUGCAAACAACCCAGAUCCUCCUCCGUUCUUUGUCGGGCUGAAUGGCGUACAGGGAGCGGGGAAAACGGUGCUUGUAACAACCCUCCGCUCUACCCUCUCCGCCCCGCCGUACAACCUCCCCACCGUAACCUUCUCCCUUGACGACAUUUACCUAACACACGAUGAACAAUUGCGUCUUGCUGCUUCUUACCCCGGUAACCCACUUCUCCAGCACCGCGGCCAGCCCUCCACUCACGACGUCCCACUUGGCAAACGGGUCUUCGACUCCCUGAAGAAAGGACUGCCUACCAAAAUACCAGCAUAUGACAAGGCCGCUUUCAACGGCCAGGGCGAUCGAGUUCCGGAAGAUCAGUGGGAGCUUGUCAAUGAUGUUGCUCAAGGUCAAGAAAGAGUCAAAGUGGUCAUUUUCGAAGGCUGGUGCGUGGGGUUUCGGGCCCUGCCGGAAGAAGAUGUUCGCGCCGCGUGGGAAGACGCAGUGGAGAAAAAGAACAAGGGAGGAUAUGACGGGCAAUUGGCCAAUAUCAAACUCGAAGAUGUGUUGACGGUGAAUGAGGCAUUGAAACAGUACGACGCGUUAACAGAAGAUGCUUCAAAUAUCCACAACGUCUAUGACUGGCGUCAGGAGCAAGAACGUACACUCCUCGCCACUAAAGGUACCGGCAUGACGCCGGACCAAGUGAUCCAAUUCGUAAAUGGCUAUUAUCCUGCCUACGAGCUCUUCACUAGCCGUGUCCGACGUGGUAUAUUCAACCCGUCUGGGAGUGUGGGUCUGGGAUCCCCGGUGUCACAUAGAGGGAGGCAACUUCAGCUCACCAUUGAUGAACGACGGCGGGUCCAGGAUGUCACGAGGAUAUGA